AUGGAACCUCAUUCAUCUAUUGCUAUGUUUAUCAGUGAAAUACCAGUUCGUUAUCAAAAGAAAAUUAAAUGGAUUACUGAUUUAACUAAUGAAACAACAGUUCAAGAUAUUAUUCUAUCUGUAUUGCCAUCAUGUGAUUCAAAAGCCUAUUCACUUUACAUAUAUACAGGUCAUCGUCGUCGACAAAUAUUAAAUGAUACAUCACGUAUUUAUAAAAUUGUUUCAUUAUUUAAUCAACAACAAUGUGCACGACGUUUAUUAUUUGAAAUUCGACCAAAAAAAGUUCAUCAAUUAAAAAAACGUGUAAGAUUUGCUGAUGAAAUAAUUAUACAAGAUAUUCAAAAUCGAUGUGUAUCAACUGAAAAAAGUGCUUGUAAUAUGAUUGAAACAAUUUCAAUACCAAUUGAAAAACGUUUAGAAAAAUUAAAAGAAAAUUUUCAAAAAAAUAUUCAAGAAAAACAAGAAAAUUAUGUUAAAUUAUCAUCACUUCCAAAACGAUCAACUCUACGUAUUUUAAAUGAAAAUAUUCCAAAACAUGUUUCCAUACAAACAGCAACUAUUAAACAAAUUGUACGUUCAUCAAGUGAAUCGGGUAUUAGUUCAAGUUCAUCAAAUGAUGAUUUAGUUGUACCAAACAAAAUAUUAGAAACUCUUGUAUAG